AACAAGCAUUAAAGCAAUAGCAGAUAAAUAAUUUGUGGCUUUCAAUCGUGCAAUAAGGUGAAAAAAGUAAAAAAUACAAAUAAAAUGUCCACCAUUAUUUGUCAAACAAUCGAAAGUUUCUACUUGGAUGCUUUGAUGCAAGGACGUAAUGCCCAACGCGAAAAUCUCCUGCAUUAUGUCUGUCGUCGCAAUCAAUAUGAACUAUUUAUACCGUUAGUGCGCCAGGGUUACCAUCUUUACGAACAGGACAUAGAAGGAAGAACUCCCAUACAUGUGGCCAUUGAAAGAUCUCACCAUGAGUGUUUACUGAGCUUUCGCAAACUGUUACAACAUUAUGACACACUGCAUGAAAGCAUACAAAAGGAUCUGUGUCGCACAUUUCGUCCUUACAACGACAAUGGCUAUACCAUAAUCCAUGAAGCUGUACGCCGCAACAUGCAAGAUUUGGUAAAGGAUAUUUUAAACUUUUGCCUGCAGAAUAAUGUGCAGAUUAUCGAUAUGGAGGUACUUGGUUGUGGAGACAGCCUACUACACAUAGUAGUGAAAAAAAAUUUAAUUGAAAUGGCCAAAAUUGUUUGUAAUGCCUUGCCCGAUUUGAAGUUCUAUGAAAAUUAUGCAGGUAUCAUGCCCAUGGAUUUGUGCUGUAUUACCAAGGAAAUGCGAGAAGUGCUAACAGGGGAACGAACCUAAAUUAUAGUAAAUAACAACUUUUAGCCAAUUAUUGAAAUUAGUUAUAAAUAUUUAUGAAUAUAUGUAUAUGAGUAUGUUAGAGUGUCCCAAAAGUUUUGAACCCCUGGAGGGUUGCUGGCUCUUUGAAUGUCGAUUGUAUCGCGAGAUGGAAAAGAAGAUAAUUUAUUUAUUUAUU